AUGAGGACUUACUAUGAAUCUAUUACUGUAUUUAAGAAAAAACAAAAAUUCGAUUGGGAUAGAAAACGGAUACUGGCAGUGUGUUCGCGGGACCCACUAAUAUAUGCACAAACAACGAGCACGGCGGUUGGAAGACCGGUGUCAAGAACGACUGAAUUAUUACGAUCGAACGUAACGGUGUACGCUUGGAGUUCGUGGGGUUCAUGGUCUGCCUGCUCCAAAACAUGCGGUGGGGGCGUUGCUGUCCAGGAGCGACACUGUUUACCGAGAGACCCUGCCAGAAUGCGUCGCAGCAGAAAGAGAAGGAAACUCGUGAGGAGUGCAGAACAUACGCGAAGGGUGCGAAACGUUGUCAAUGUGCCGAAAACUACGGGACCGGACUGUCCAGGGCUCGGACGGCGAUACCACGAGUGCAACACUAUUGCUUGUCCGGGCCCUGUUCGUGACCCUCGGGCUGAGCAAUGCGCUGUGUAUGACCGCAGGCCGUUUCGAGGCAAGUUCUACACCUGGGUGCCAUAUGUUGAUGGCGACUCGCCCUGCACCCUGAAUUGUCGUCCACGUGGCCAACAGUUUUACGCUUCACUAGCGUUGGUUAUCGACGGUACUCCAUGUACGAAACCAGGAUUCAGAGCCAUUUGUGUUCAAGGUGAUUGUAAGAUAGAGCUAAGAGACAUAUUAAGAAGCCGCAUUUUGUUAACUAUAACUUGGUCUCACGUAGGAUAUACCUACAUUUCUUCGGACACUUUGGAAAUUAAAAUGAGAGAACCAAGAACAUGCUAA